CUACGCCACAGUAGUAUCGAUUCACAAAAGAGUUCGACUCCGAGUAGAAAAUAAAUGGUUAUUAUUUUAUGAGUUGCUGCACUAAGUAAACUCCAUCCGCAUAUUGUUUAAUAUCUACAGAUAUUCGACAAAAAUUUGGCAGUUGCAAGUGUAAAAAUUCAGUGCAUAAGUCACACACACAGAUACUAUUUCACUGAGACUCACCCAAGUGCGUGUGGAUGUGUAGAUAUGUGCCUAGUCAUGCAUUCACCUAUGUGGAUUCGUUGGUACUGAAGUGCAGGGAGUGUAAUAAAUAAUGCAAUCACACAUGAGCACUGAACGGGAGAGAAUGUUGCUAUGAAAACGAAACACAAAAGUUGCGUUGCUGCUGCUGCUGCCGCUGCCGGCGCUGGCGAAAAAAUGAAAUCCGUUAUAUUGUAUCCGUAUGGACCCUUGACGACCACCGGAUGCUGUCGCAUGUUGCAUGCCAAAAAUUUGGCCCUAACAAGUGCAAUUUACACAAUCAAUAUUUCACUUUUAAUCGUUUUAAUAUAUUCGUGGCGUAUCAAUGUCAACAUAAGAAAAUCUAAUGAACUCGAAGAUGUUUAUUAUGGUGUACAGAUUGCAUAUUUUGCCAUUAUCGGCACACAAAUGUCCAUGAUUAUCCUCAGUGUUAUCCUUCUUUAUGGAAUUUGCAAGGAAAACCCUGGCUUGAUCGUGCCGUGGAUACUUGGGUACAUCACGUUUAUGGCCUUGGAGGCAGUCGCUAUGGUUUACUCAAACGUGCUGCGGGAUCAUGUAAAUAAGCAAUUCGAUGCCAUGUGCAAGGCAGAAGUGACCUUCUUCAUCGCUCGAGCUUUUAUAAAUGUACUCUCAAUGUGGGGCGUAAUGCGUUUCUAUAAUUUGGUGCGAGCUGGAAUUACCUGGAAAGGACCAGAGGUAAUUGAACUAAGAUAUAACGCGAAUGAAACAGAGCUUAUCGAUAAACAUUUACCGAGUAGUCAAACAUAUCAAAUCUCACUCUACCAAUCACAGGCAAAAACUACACUAAACACGGGAUACUAUACCGAUGAGAGCGGUAAAACUCAUAGCAAUGGAAAGAGACGGGUUCAUUACAAUGGCGGUAUGGCUCGCAAACCAACUGGUUGUUGCUUUUUUGACUUUGAUGAUGAAGACGAUUAUGAUGACGAUGAUGAUGAAGAAGAAUAUGAUUACGAUUAUUAUUCUGAUGAAGUGGAUGAUGAAGAAGGUGAUACCAGCGACUGUAGCAUGCUGGGGACAAACAAAUGCAACAAUAAACGACAACGUCGUUACAAUGGUCAGGUGCAUCGUCCACGUAACAAUAAUAUACGAUCCGUUCUUAUAAAUAAGCGACACAACAAAUAUAAAAUUACACAGCCGCAAACGAGACUAGAAGUGAUAAACGAAUCCGAGCGUAGUGCUGGCAGUGGCAGUGAUGAAAAUGAUUCACUGCUUGUGGCAUAUGAUAGCACAUCAUCAUUGGCGUCAGUUUGACAUUGGCCGUGUUGUUGCAUUGGAAAUGCGAGAGAUGACUGUAUCACCAAUGACAACAAGUCAACUGCAGCCUCGACAAGCGUUACUGGUAACAAAAUCGAAGCAGAACGCAAUGAAGUGCAACAAUUGCAAUUGCAACAAUGUACCCAGCAAAAAAUGCACGUGCAACAGCAGCAACGGCAACAGCAACAGCUUCAAAGAAAGCAUCAACGUCACAGUCAACGUCACCGCCGACGUCCAUUGCGACGCAUCUACUGUGUUGUAAAUGUGCUGACAAUGGCUGUGCUCGUUGCAGUAGAAAUUUACGCACAAAUAGCGAUUUUUCUUUAAAGUGAAAAUAAUUUCAUGGAAUAUUUUUAAUAUCUCGGAAAUGUCACUUCUAAUGACGCAAUAUUAGAACUAUUUUUGUCACGCCAUUUACGGUACGUGUGGUCUUUUAAAUUCACAUGGAAUAUUGCAAAUUCAAUGAA